AUGUCGGGGUGCGCAGGCGCAGCUUCUCCGGCGGUUCCCGGUUGCCGGUUCGGCUCUUUGUUCUGGAGCCGCCUCUGGCGUAGCUGGGGUGCCCCUCCUCCUCCUCUAUACCGGGGUACCCCGAAGACACCCGCGGACCCGGCUCGGGCCAGCCUCCUGCCUAGGAAGAGCAAAAAGAGACGUCUCCCUCUCCGUGAUCUUUGUCCUGCCUCAGCCCAGCCUGCAGAGGAUCAAGGCCUGGCCCAAGCAGGAAGCCUGGAGGCAGAGGAAAUGGCCCCUGGGACCCAGAGACCCUCAGCCCAGGAGUCGGUGACAUUCCAGGAUGUGGCUGUGGAUUUCACUCUGGAGGAGUGGGGCCUUUUGGACCAUUCUCAGAAAGAACUGUACAAAGAGGUCAUGCUGGAAACCUCCCAGAACCUGCUUUCCCUGGGGCUUCCAGUUCUUAGAGAAGAUCUGAUCUCCCCUUUGCACCAAGGGGAAGCACCAGGGAUGCCAGAGCAAAAAGGCCCGAGGAAGUCCUGGCCAGAUGUAGAGACCAGGUUUGAAGUAAAUGAGAAGACUCCAAAGCAGAGAAUUUUUGUGGAAGAAUCUGGCCAGCAAGGAUUCAUGACUGACGGUGCCUGUGACUUCAAUUUGAGAGAAAUCUGUGACUCUAGUAUCAUGGAAGAUAAAAAUCCAAAGAGUAACUGUGAAGUUGAUGAAAUUGGAAAGAAACUCAGACAGUCUUCAGUCUUAAAUCACUCUAACAAAGUGACCUCAGGGAAUGACGGUUUUCAGGAUAGAGAAUAUAGCAAAUGUUUUACUGAAGAGGUAGAGCUUUUUCAUUCCCGUGAGAAACCUCCUGAAAUGCAAAUGAAUCAAGGUAAUCAAGAAGAAAUGGCCAUUACCUGGAGUUCAGACCUCAUUAGACAUCAGAAAAGUGUUACUGCAGAAAUGCUUUAUGUAGGUAAUAAAGGUGGCAAGGCCUUCAAACCAAACUCUAAGCUCAUUAAUCAUCAGAAAAUUGACACUACAAAGGUGCCUUAUGAAAAUAAUAAAUGUGAAGCAACCUCAUGCCAUCACUCAUCCCUUCCUUACCAUCCUAGAUUCCACCCUGGAAUGCAAAGAUGUGCAUGUCCUCAGUGUGGGAAGGCCUGUGGUUGGAACUCAGAUCUUAUAUGCCAGAAGAUUCAUCCUGGAGAAAAGUUUUAUAAAUGCAGUGAGUGUGGGAAGGGUUUCUGCUACAGAUCACUUCUUACUGGCCAUCAAAAAAUUUACACUGAAGAGAAAGCUUUUGAAUGUAACGAAUAUAGAAAGGAUUCUGAUUCAGCUUUCCAUCAGAAAACCUACACUGGAGAGAAAUCCUAUAAAUGUAAUCAGUGUGGAAGAGCCUUCAGAUACAGCUCCAGUCUUGUUUUACAUGAGAUAAUCCAUAAUGGAGAGAAACCUUUUGAAUAUAAUCAGCCUGGAAAGGCUAUCACAGAGAGGGCCAAUUUUGCUAAACAUCAGAGAAUCCACACUGGAGAGAAACCUUUUAAAUGUAAUCAGUGUGGAAAUGCUUUCACACAUAAGGGCCAUCUUACUUUACAUCAGAGAAUCCACAUUGGAGAGAAACCUUAUGAACGUAAUCAACUUGAAAAGAUUUUCACACCGAGGGCUCAUCAUGCUUUACAAACAAGAAGCCACACUGGAGAGAAACUUUAUGAAUGUAAACAAUGUGCAAAGGCUUUCAGAUGCCGCUCCCGUCUUACUGAUCAUGAGAAAACCCACACUGGAGAGAAACCUUAUGAAUGUAAUCAAUGUGGAAAGGCUUUUACACAGAGCUCCAAUCUUGCUGUACAUCAGAGAAUCCACACUGGAGAGAAACCUUUUGACUGUAAACAAUGUGGAAAGGCUUUCAGAUACAGCUCCAGUCUUGCUAAACAUCAGGGAAUCCAUACUGGGGAGAAACCUCAUGAAUGUCAUCAGUGUGGAAAGGCUUUCAGAAUCAGCUCAAGUCUUGCUACCCAUCAGAGAAUCCACACUGGAGAGAAACCUUAUGAAUGUAAUCAUUGUGGAAAGGCUUUCAGAAUUGGUUCCAGUCUUGCUAAGCAUCAGAGAAUCCAUACUGGAGAGAAAGUUUAUGAAUGUAAUCAGUGUGGAAAGGCUUUCACACAGAAUUCACAUCUUGCUGCACAUCAGAGAAUUCACACUGGAGAGAAACCUUAUGAAUGUAAACUAUGUGGAAAGGCUUUCAGAUCCAACUCCAGUCUUACUGAUCACCAAAAAAUCCAUAAUAGGGACAAACUUUUUGAAUGUAAUGAAUGUGGAAAGCUUUUCACAAAGAGCUCCAGUCUUGCUGUACAUCAGAGAAUCCACACUGGAGAGAAACCUUAUGAAUGUAAUCAGUGUGGAAAGGCUUUCACACAGAGGAACCAUCUUUCUGUACAUCAGAGAAUCCACACUGGAGAGAAACCUUAUGAAUGUAAUCAGUGUGGAAAGGCUUUCAGAAUCAGCUGCAGUCUUGCUAAACAUCAGAGGAUCCAUACUGGGGAGAAACCUUAUGAAUGCAGUCAGUGUGGAAAGGCUUUCACACAGAGGGCCAAUUUUGCUAAACAUCAGAGAAUCCACACUGGAGAGAAACCUUAUGAAUGUAAUCAGUGUGGGAAGGCUUUCACAAAGAGCUCCAGUCUAGCAAUACAUCAAAUAAUCCACACUGGGGAGAAACCCUAUAAAUGCGGUCUGUGUGGAAAGGCUUUCGCAAAGAACUCCAGUCUUGCUGCACAUCAGAGAAUCCACUCUGGACAGAAACCUUAGGAAUACAAUUAAUGUGGUAAUGUUUUCAGGCAACAAUCAUCUCGUUUCCCAUUUGGAAGUUUAUAUUGGAUAGAAAUCUUAUCAAUGUCAUGAAUGAGGAAUGGCACUCAAAGUUUGUUCAAUAUUAAAUUCAUUUCGAUAAGCAGCUAUGUAUGGAUUCCAUGUGGGAAGACUUUCAGCCAGAGCAUAUCUCUAUUUGUGUCAUAGGAUUGUGGAGAGAAGCCUUAUGAAUGUACUCAGGGGGAUGUACAUUUUUUUUCUGGAAGAGGGUGAUCAGUAGACAAUAACAUGCAAAAUGGAAUGACAGCAUAUAAAAGCAGUAGUUAUAAGAAGGGCUUCACCUAGUGGUCAUACUUGAGUGUACUUUCUACAAAUCAUGCUAGAUAUAAAACUUCUGAAUCUAAUUAACAAGGGAAGGCCUCUUGCUGCAGAACAGACUUAGAAUUCUCAACAGAAGAGACCUCAUUAAACAUAACAAAUUUCAUACUGUGUAUAGAACCCUAAAAGUGCAAUGAAUUUUUCUCUAAAAUCCUACUAUUUGUCAUCCCUUCUCAAUGCUUCCUGGCUUUAUGUACUAUAAUUUCUUUCUCCAUUGCCCAGUAAAUUGGUACUCACUUUGUUUCCUAUUGUUUUCUGGCAUGAAAAGUCCUUGUAUGAAUGUUUUGGUAACUGUUGGACAUUUCUUUCUCUCAUGCUUUCUUUAAGCAGCUAGGUGGCCCAGUGCAUGAAAUGCUGUGCUUUGAGCUACAAGACCUGUAUUCCAUUUUGUUCUCUGCACUUAGUAGUAGUAAGUCAAGUAACCUUUUCCUGCCUGAAUUUCCCCAUAUGUAGAAUAG